AUGUUGAGCUACGAGGUGGAGCAGUACUUCUAUCAAGAGAUUGCGCCGCGUUUGGCGGAUGAUGUCGCGGUCGCAAAGUGUCUCGCCUCCACUCUAGAUAUGAAAGGUAAAUCACGGGCGGAGGAGUUGCAGGGGCUCACAGCGACUAUCAUCACCGACCUGCGGCCGCAGUUUCCUGUCGCGGGAGAGAAGAGGCUGGUCCUCAACCGCCGCCAACUCUUGGGCCUCGUUGCCGGACGAUCUAGGCAGGUUCGUGUUGCCCCGCUUGAGGAAGCGGAAAGGAGAGCGGCUGGCAAUGGAGCCGCCGAGCCCAAGCUCUGGCUGAACGGUGGUUACACAUACCUCACCACGCGAAGGAAGGAAUACGGAUCGCUGUGUAGGGACGAGUAUUCGGAAUGGUCAUCCGCCUUUUGCGAUCCUGUCGAAGGCUCAUCAUCUUCAAUUGCUGAGCUGGUGGCCGAGUUCCUCACCCCCUCUGGUAGGUCCUUCGAGACCUACAUUCACGGCGAUAUCAAGUCUGAGAACCUCUUCACGACUCAGGCCGGCGAUAAAGUAGCAUUCUUUGACUUUCAGUACGCCGGGCUGGGAGUCGGUGGCUGUGACCUUGCGAAACUGUUCACCUGCUCAGUCCCUGUGGAGAUGCUGACGCACCACGAAGAUAUUCCUGAUCAGUUGCCAAUGGACAAGGGCGAGAGAACACUGCUGGAACUGUAUCGGGACACGCUUCUCAACCAGAAGCCACCAGGAAAAGGCCCUGCGGACUAUGACUGGGUCACGUUUGUGCGGCAUUGGGAAACUGCUCUUGUUGACUGGUGUCGGUUUCAGGCGUCUUGGGGAUUCUGGGGAAACACGGAGUGGCUUGAAGCCAGAGUGCGGCAUAUUCUUGCUGACAAUGGUUGGAGGAACUGGUUGAAGAAGGAAGUACAGAUAUGA